CCUCUCAGUAACCUGUGCCGUUUAAAGGUCCGCGUCUAUUUAGCGCACAGAGAAAAAUACUAAUUUUGGAUUCAAAUUAUGGACAAAAAUACAACGCGAUACAAUGUGCAGUUGUAUAUUUAUGACCUGUCAAGAGGAAUGGCUCGCAGUCUCAGUCCUAUCAUGUUAGGUAAACAACUGGAUGGUAUAUGGCACACAGCUAUCGUGACAUAUGGCGACGAGUUCUUCUUCGGAGGGGAGGGGAUCUCCAGCUGUUCACCGGGUGGGACUAUGUUGGGACCUCCAGACACAGUAGUGGACCUUGGUGAAACUGAAGUGACCGAGGAGAUCUUUAUGGAUUACCUCUCCUCACUUGGAGAAAGCACAUACAGAGGUGACAGGUAUCGUCUGUUUGAGCACAACUGCAACACUUUCACCAACGAAGUGGCCCAGUUUCUGACGGGCAGGUCUAUUCCCUCCUACAUUACCGACCUUCCAUCUGAAGUGCUCUCCACACCGUUCGGCCAGAUCCUGCGGCCCAUUCUUGACUCUAUUCACAUCGCUCCUCCAGGAGGUAACGUCAUCAACGGGGGAAGAAACAUCUAACCUGAGCGGGCAGCAGAGUGUUUCCCAGGUCACUUCAAUUGUAGUCAGUCUGUAAGAAAUCUCAAGAAAAGGUUCAUUUUUCUUUCUCUUCUUUCUGCAAGUACAUCAAAUUUAUAUAAUUGAUUAUUGACUUAAAGAGGAAAUCAAUGUCCAUCUCAUUAGAUAUGAGUGUGGUAUUCACUUAAGAUCAAAUGCUGCAUCUGGUUAUUUAACUUAUAAAGGAAACAGUAUAUUUAAGGAAGUAUUGUAUGGAUUAACGUCCUUUGAGUACCCUGAUUUUUGUUCUCCACAGUGUAAAACGCAGCAUAUAUUAUUGCUGUUAUUAAGCCACCAUACCUCCUGCACAUCAGUGCAUCAAGCUGAGUACGGCUGCAACUUUUGGUAUAAUGCACAAAAUGAUCCUUUAAUUUUAAAAUGGUUUUAAUAUAAAAAAGGAAGUUUUUUUCACAUUUUGGUAGUGCAGCAUGUACUCAAAUGAUGUCAUUUACUUUUUCCCUUUUACAUAUCAGGGAAAUCAUCAUGUUGCCAUCUGCACUGCUGAGUCAUGUGAUAGUGACUACAGUGGAUUUUAUCUGAGUGCACACUUUAGUAAAGAUAUUUUUAUUUAGCAUAUCAGAAUAUCAGUGUAUUUUUCCAGGUUGGUGGAAAACAAGAAGGCUGAUUAUUGGAAAGUCUUUCUUUUUUCAAUCAUUUUUCUUUGUGCCACUCUUAGCAAAAAGUAGUAUAGCCUACUUGAAGUUUAUUUCAUUAAGUAUACUUGAGUAUAAGUAUAACAAGUAUACUGUGGACUGUGUACUUGUAGUGUACUAGAAAGUAUACCAACUUAUCACUUCUUUGAACUAAAUUGGAACAUUUUAAGUUGAUUAAAGUAUACUUGAAGUAUACUUUAUGAGGUCAUUUACAGUUUACAAAAGUACACCUCCAAGUAUACAAGUGCAGUCAUCUAUAUACUACUGGUGUACUAGGUAAAUAUUUCUAGUUCACAUUUUAUUUUAUUAAAGUAUACUUUAAGUAUGCUUUUAUGAACUUAGAAUUACUAAAACUAAACUUGUAGGAACAUAAAGAUAAUGCAGUUGAGCACAUAUACUAUUUACUGUAAACUUCCAGCACUCUUUGAUCCUGAACAUGUAAGUAUAUAGCAGCAGUAAUACCUCAAAGCAGCCGUGUGCCAUGAAAAACAUUUUUAUUCAGCUAAAAUAAAUGUAAGCUCGGGUCAAUAACUUCAAAUCAAAUCAAACUUUAUUUAUAAAGUGCUGAAGGCAGCACAAAGUGCUUUACAUGAUUCAAAAAGGACUUGACCUCAUUCUGUACAAAGUAUUGGUACUUUGUAGCAGGAAGAAGUAAAAAGUAUACUAUACGUUAUAAGUUGUAGUGUUAAUGUGCUUAGUCUCAGACUUUUCUUUAUACUUUUCAGUAUAAGCUAAGUAUACUUCACUAUACUAUUCUUAAGUAUAUAAAAAGUUAACUUUCAGUAUACUGUCUCAGUUUUAGUAUAAAAUAAGUAUACUCGUAGUACACUUGAGUAAACUACUUUUUGCCAAGGGAUGCUUUGUUUAUCUUGUUUUGUAGCCUCUUGUUAAUUUCCCACCAAUAGUUCUUUUGUACCUCUGAUUUUUGUUUCUAUUAUUUGUGAUUAACUGAAAUCUAAUAUGGUCACGUUUUUAUGCUGUAAUUACAUUUUUCAGUGUAUAUGCCACACAGCCGGUGAUUGAUUCAUUACGCUUUGUUUCCUCUUAUGUGUGUUUCAUCUGUAAUUUACAGAUUAUGUCCCCUAGUGUUCAGCAUAAGGAAAUCCACUCUACUUAAGCCAUAGGAAAGUCUGUUAACAGUUUUUCUGUCCAUUUGUCUGGAGAAUGCAUAUGGGAUUGCCAUGACAACACUAAAGCUAUAGAAGGAGAAGGGACAUUAAAAGAGACUGGACUGCUCUGUUUUCUUUUCUUUGUUUUUUGCUGAAGACGUUGUAUAAACUAUUAUGCAUACACCCUCUACAUUACACAGAUUCCCAUUAUUUAAAUACCAGUGUUUGCUGAAGAGAACUGUGAUUUUUUAACUUGAUUCAGUUCAAAAUGCCAACUGUAUUGGUUUGUCUGUAAAGAUAGUACUUUGCUAGCCUGAUUGCUGCAGUUUAUCAAGCUUCCUGGCACAUGAUGCAGUCACCACCUCAUUUCUUCCCACUUUCCUGUCUACUCUAUCAGAAUCAGAACCAGAAUACUUUAUUAAUCCUGGAGGAAAUUUUGUGCAUACAGUCACUCCAUACCAAACAAGAAAGGAUAAGAUAAAGAUAGCAAUCACAAUAAGAAAAAUUCAAAAUUUGUUACAAUAUCUAUAUAAACAGAUGCAGGAUAAAUCCUGACAGUGAGUAAUAUGUACAGUAUUAUCAAUAGAUAGGCAGUAAAAUGUAAAAGUAGUACAAAGUACAAAGUCAAUAAGGGCCGAUAGAG